CAUACCCAACAUAUAUAAAAUCUCCCGCAAGCCACUUUUUUUUCGGUGGAAUCCCACAAGCCACUUUGUUGUCAUAUUCUUCACGACCAAGUCAUGAACAGCUCUAAUUUCGUCAACGGAUCCUCCUCCUCCCCGCCCCAUGAUCAAGAACAACCACCAUCCCUAAUUGCAACAAACCCGGUUUCGAUCGAAUUGAUCGAAUCAUCGGUUGCAAAACUCAUCCGAAAAUGGAACAGGAGGAAGAGAUGGCAGCUCCUGUUCAGUAGCAGCACCACAGGCGAAUCACCGCCACAGGCCUUGAACGCAGCAGCUCCAUGGAGGAACACCCUCGUGCAGUUCCUGGAGUCGAACCCGGUACAUAUAGUAAGCAUCCUCUUGCUCGUCUCUGACGUCGUCCUCACAACUCUUGAGCUUUCUUCUUCUUUCCUUUCUGAUUGCACCGCAAAGAGGGACCGAGUGGAGGACUUGUGGUACCACCGGGUGGGAAUAUCAAUCUUGUGCGUGCUCCUUGGGAAAUCAUUGGGCUUGGCGUUGGCCUUGGGAGCUUCCUUCUUCACCCGCCCGGGUUACAUAGUCGACGGUUCUGUCCUAAUUGGGGCGAUAUUCAUGGAGACUUUCCUGGAGGGGAAAGGCGGUGGACUGCUUGUGAUGGUAAGCCUGUGGCGUGUCCUGAGAUUGGUCGAGAGCGCAUUCGAGCUCAGUGACGAUGCCAUUGAGGCACAGAUCAAAGAGAUACUGCUUCAGUUGGAGUCGCUUCGAGAGGAUAGAAGGCUGACUGCGACCAGUUAAGAUGAAACAGUUGAAAGAAGUGCAUCAAUAUUAAUGUGGAGGGCACAUUUUUAUUGAUCUUAAAAGACAUUUGGACUGCACGUACGAUAGAUUUGAUUACGGUUAUUUCUUUCAUGUUCAUAAAUAUUUAUUUGCUAGCUUACUGUAAUUAAGAAUAAUUAGAUGCA